AUGGUAUUUCAAAUUUUUAAACAAAUCAAUGAAAAUUUACGUCGACAAUUACGACGAACUUUUUUAGCUGAUCCUGAGAAAAUGCCACAACGUUAUGCUAUUAUUAUGGCAUCAGUUUUAUUUGUUUCAAUUAUUAUUACAUAUAAUACAUUAUUUGAAAGAAAAAAAGAACAAGAAGGUGCUCAACCUGUUUCUGUAACAGAUUUAUUUCGAGAACGAAAUGCUAAAAAAAGACUUGAACAUUUAGAAUUACAACGAAGUAUUUCAAAAGCACGAGAUAGUGCGAAAACAACAACAGUGAAAGAUCUUUAG